CGGCAGCCGGCAAACCGAAGAGAGGCUCGUCGCUCGAUUAAUGAGAAACUUUGAUCCUUGCGGGCCACCAUCCCGGAAGUAGAAUUUGGAGGAAGAAAGUACGGAGUUGCUGGGCAUAAGUAAAUUCCUCAAGGCUCUGGGUGGGGAUUCUUAGAACUUUCUGUGGUAUGUGUUGUCGAUGGGGCAGCUUAGAGGAUUUAGUCACCUCACCUAAAGGAGCUAGCUUCUCUUCUGAGCCCGACCAGUAUGUGGCGUAGUAUGAGCCUGGGGACUUUUGGUAAGAGUUCAUCUGAGAAAGCCGAUCUGCGCUGUUCCUUGGUGGCGACGUUAGUUGUGAGAUGAGCUGUUGCUUUAGUGGUUUACCAUGGCCCAGCGGGCAGUGUGGCUCAUAAGUCACGAACCAAGAACUGCGCUUUGUGGCACGGUGAGAUUCUCCAGACGUUAUCCAACUGUUGAAAAACGAGCCAGAGUCUUCAAUGGAGCAAGUUAUGUGUCUAUUCCUGAAGAUGGCCCAUUUCUUAAAGCACUACUCUUUGAACUUAGAUUAUUGGAUAAUGAUAAGGACUUUGUGGAGAGUCGUGAUAGCUGUUCACGCAUCAAUAAAACAUCCAUCUAUAGACUUCCCAUAGGAGGCGAAGAACUCUGGCCAGUUGUUGCUUUUCUGAAGAGUGGCAUGAUAUAUGCUUGUGUUCCACUAGUUGAACAGACUCUAUCCCCUCGUCCACCAUUAAUUAGCAUCAGUGGAAUUUCACAAGGCUUUGAACUUCUUUUUGGAAUACAAGAUUUUCUUUACUCAGGUCAAAAGAAUGACACUGAACUGAGUACAAAACUGAGCCAGUUGCCUGACUUGCUUCUACAGGCUUGUCCAUUUGGUACCAUAUUAGAUGCCAACUUACAGAAUUCAUUGGAUAAUAUCCAUUUUGCUUCUGUGACUCAGCCACAGAAACAGCCAGCCUGGAAAGCUGGAACAUACAAAGGAAAACCACAAGUUUUUAUUUCUAUUACUGAAAAGGUAAAAUCCAUGCAAUAUGAUAAACAGGAUAUAGCAGAUACAUGGCAAGUUGUUGGAACAGUCACUUGCAAGUGUGAUUUGGAAGGAAUCAUGCCAAAUGUUACCAUCAGCUUGAGUCUCCCCACCAAUGGAUCUCCACUUCAAGAUGUUUUAGUUCAUCCUUGUGUGACUUCUCUUGAUUCUGCCAUUCUGACUUCUAGUAGCAUUGAUGCAAUGGAUGAUUCUGCGUUUAGUGGGCCUUACAAAUUUCCAUUCACUCCACCUUUAGAGUCAUUCAACUUAUGCUACUACACUUCCCAGGUCCCUGUCCCACCAAUUUUGGGUUUUUAUCAAGUGAAAGAGGAAGAAACACAGCUAAGAAUAACAAUUAAUUUAAAACUUCAUGAAAGUGUGAAAAAUAAUUUUGAAUUCUGUGAAGCUCAUAUACCUUUUUACAAUAGAGGUCCAAUUACACAUUUGGAAUACAAAGUUAGUUUUGGCCAACUUGAAGUAUUUAAAGAGAAAAGCUUUCUGGUCUGGAUUAUUGGCCAGAAGUUCCCAAAAUCAAUGGAAAUUAAUCUUUCUGGAACUGUAACUUUUGGAGCCAUGAACCAUGAGAAGCAGCCAUUUGACCCAAUUUGUAUUGGAGGUACAGCAUAUUUAAAGCUUCAUUUUAGGAUCUUAGAUUAUACACUCACUGGGUGUUACGCAGAUCAACAUUCAGUUCAAGUUUUUGCGUCAGGAAAACCAAAAAUAAGUGCACACCGGAAACUAAUUUCUUCUGAUUAUUACAUCUGGAAUUCAAAAGCCCCUGCUCCAGUAACAUAUGGAUGAUUAUUACUGUAUUUUCUCAUGUUUAAAUAGAAUUUAUAUAAUAGUAACAUACCUUAAAUGAAAUCAUAGUUUUACUCUUAUUUAAUGUUUUCAGUCUGAUAUAAUUUGAAAGAACAUCUUAAAGUCUAAUGUCUCCAAUUUUUUUACCCUUUGAUUUUAUGCCGGUAUAAGUCAGAACACAGAAAAGUAGUGAUUCACUUUGGCUUAUUUUAGACUAGUCCUGGGUCAUCCUGCCACCGUGUUCCUUUCUACAUCUGUGGCAGACAUUGCUAAUCAAUCACAGCCCUUUUUCUAUAUGAGCCUUCCUGGAUAAGGGUCCGGCUCCUUCUCAGUGGAGAGAUUCAGGCAGCUGCUCCCAAUAGAAGAUGCAAGAUAAAAAUUAUUUGCUCUUCCAAACCUCGGUACUAAGAUCCUAGUACCACAUGUUAGAAACAACUACAUGUUAGAAACAACUGUAAAGUUCUUGAAUUACCAGCCAAUGGAGACAAAAAUUAUUUAAAUAGUAACCUGUUCUUAAUCAGAACUAUCCUAUUGACUAAUAAAGAAUCUGCAUAAUUCUAUUCAAGGUGUUUAUCUCAGUUCUAGAGUUACUUUCUAAGUAAGCUUGUUAAUCUAUAGUAGCAUUUUGCUUAGGAUGUCAGUAGGCAUAUUAAGAUGGGUGGGAUACCUUCAGAAGAUAAGCAUAGUGUUUUGUGAUCAUUUAAUGUCUGCAGCCAAAUUUUUAAAGAUAAUUUAGUAUAUUGCUUUAAAUUAAAAUUCAUUAAUAAAUGAAUUCAGGUAAAAAUUCAAAAGCCAUUCUGUGUGUAAAGAGUAUCAUUUAAUCUUAUAGUCUCACAUAGCAUAUCUCUUUAAAUUUGUCACUCUCUUUUUCUUAUUACCAUUCUGUUGAUUUCUUUAAAAACAUUCUAGUUAUACUCUACCUGUCUCUGCAAUUAUAUGUCACAUUGUUUUCAGAGCAGUUCAUUGUCAAGUUGGACUUUAAGUGACCAUUCAAGAAAAGAUGAAAUCUCAAGAUCUUCAAAAUUUAAUUCAUGUCAAGAUUCUUUUUACAGAACAGAAUUUAGAAGUGUUAUAAAAAAUAUGCAUUACAGAUUAAUAUUCAAUUCAAUUAUAUCAGGUUCUAUUUUUUAAUGAGUCUCCUAAGGAAGAGCUUAGAAAAAGCUGCUAACUCCUUAAAAGAGAGCUAUGAUAGUUUGAAGGGAUAGUGCAUAUAAAUUUAGGAUUUGAAAUAUGAUUUUUUAAUUAAGGUCAAUCCUACUCAUUAUAAACUCUCAUUUUCUGCAAAGCAUUAUCACAGCAUAAGGUUCUAUGUUCAAAAUUAUCUCAAGUAACAAAGAAAAGAGAAUAACUGCCUGACCAGGACUUUAACUUGUUAUUCUAGCUUAAUCAUAGAUAAUCAGUAGUAAAAACUUUCCUUUUAAAAGAAGAAAAUACCAUUCUCCAUAAGUUAUUUGAUCUCUCUUAAACUCAAAGAAAGCUUAAUGUUUCACUUAAGUUAGUAUGUUUUAUUAAUGUUAAUGCAGAUGUUUGGAAAUCUUGAUUGUAUAAAUGUUUACCAAAUACACAAAGGUAAGCAAGAGGCAUUUAUCUAGUAAGUAGGCAGAGAUUUAAUAUAAUAGUCCCCUAGGCAAAACUUUCUUUAUAAACAAUUAGAAAAACCAGUGAAUCUUUGAUUUGACAUUUCUGGAAACCUGAGGAAAAUCUAGGGAGUCCUGGAAAAGUGAUGAGAUGAUGGGAAACCUGAUGCCAUCUGUUGCCAUUUCAUUCUAACAUAACACCACAGAACUAAACCGACUCAGGUUUUCAUCCCAAUGAGAUCAGCUGGGCACACUGUGAUGCCUUUGAUUUUGUCUAGAAACCUGUCACUUCAGGAUAAUUUCUGAAGACAAAGUCUGUUUCCCGUUUGGUAGGUGACCUGUUUAAUGUUUUCCCUGUGUCUGGGAACUCCUUAGUGUAAUUAGCGACCUUUGAACUCCACAACUAAUCCUGAGCUAUUUUGUAUUCCUUACUCAUCUUUAAGGCUGGACCUUUCUUUUCUUCAGAGUCCGCUGCCACAAUUAAAGAAGAAACAGCUGCAUUUCAAAGGGAUUCCGAUUCCAGAAGCUUAAUCAUGAUUGACAUGUUCUUAUUCUAAGCUAUAAGACACUCUAAGAGUCCUUUCUUGGGUUAAAACUUCAAUCAUUUUCUAAAAAAUUAUCUCACUAUGGAUUUUAUUCAUUUUCUUUGAUAACUAUUCUUUGCAUUUUUUAACAUGAAAGAUGCUUUGCAUUUGCAGUGAAUAUGAACAACUACUUCCAGUGAAAGAUUUGGAUGGUGUCAGACCUACUCUAGAUGGAAAAUUGCUAAAUUCCCUUUUAGUGCCCAAAUAUGUUUAUGAAAUCUGAUGUCUAUCAUAUGGGUAAUUAUUCUUCAGUAAACCCAAAAGGUUAAAAAA